UUAUUUUUUAAAUUCUAAUUUUAUUGUAUUUUGAUUCCAUUUCCAAAUGAUGAAUUAUUAAUUUUCAAUAUAUACAAUAGAUUAUUCUAUACAUGAUAGUUAUAGAAUUUGCGUGUAUAAGAUAAUUGUGUUACAAGCAUGUCAUAUGAAGACCUAAAUUAUUCAAAUAAUCCAAACAAUUCAAAAUCAAUAACAGAAACACAUCAAUUUCCUAUUGUCCAGCCACCAGCACCUAUAUUGCAUGGUAUAGAUUCUAAAAAUAAUGAAACCAGAUUAAAAUCUCAACAUUGUAAAAAUUCAAAUAUAUCACCCUAUGGUAUAAUCUUACCUCAAGGCUCAUUUUUAAUUCAACAAGCAGCAUUGGCCGCAGCUGUUCAUCAGCAACAACAAAUGCAACAAUUUUUAUUGAAACAUAUUGGAGCUCUAAAUGAAUUAAAUAUGAAAAACACAAUAUGUGAAGCUCCUAUUUAUUCGCCUGAAAAACCAAUGAUAAAAAAUAGUAAUUUAUCUUUCAAUACCUUGACAACAUCAUCCCACAAGAAAAAAAAAGUUAGUAAGAAAGAUGAAUAUGAAUUUUUACCAAAAUUAAAACAUUUAAAAUUGGAUAUAGAUAAUAAUAAAAAGGAAAGCAAAGAAAAAUCAAGUGCAAGGUCAGAAUUAAAAGAAAAGAAAGUGAAUAACCUAAAAUCAGAUACUCAUUUAAAUACCAAUGGUCAUUCUAGUUCAAUAAUUGACUUUAAUAAAAGAAAUACGGGGUUACAAAUACAACAUAAUGUACCUGGAAAUUGUAUAUAUCCGUAUAAAUCACAGGAAGGCAUAUUUAAUUCUAUUUACAGUAAAAAUGGGUUAACAGGAGGUGAAAUUUUAAAUGAAGGGUUGAACAUAACUAUGGUAGGGGAAUAUAAUGCACCCCAAGCUCAUACUACCCGUGUUCUUUCCUCAUCUUCUAAAUUUCAAUUUGAAAAUUUCUCUAAAAAUAUACCUAUACCAAAUAUAAAUGAUUUUACUAUAUUACCAAACAAUAGUACCAAAAACCUCAAAACUCCCAUUCCAAUUGCCCCCAAACCUCUUUAUACUUACAUUUCAUCACUUAAUUUGAAAUCUCUCAACAAACUAUCUUACACAGUAGCAGCCAAUAAUAAACCCACAUUUGAGGCAUCCAUAGUUCCCAACCCAUUGAAAACCAAUGUUAUGUCUGACAAAAUUUUAGACUACGACAACAAUGGAAAGGAAUAUCAUCAUAAUACACUUUUAACCAGAGAAUUACCCCAACAAGUUAGCGCUGUAAUAUUCACUUCAGAUAAUGUAACCAUAUCCCAUCUAUAUACAUCAGCUUCUGCCAUGUCAAAUCUGCAUAUAUCUCCCACUACUUCCAAUCUAUAUAUAGCUGACCCAGUGAUAUCCAAUUCACCAAUCAAAAAGGCACUACUUGACUUUAGUACUAAACACUCAUCUAUGAUGAUAAACAAUAUUGAGAGUAAAAAAAAUAAAAUGAAUAAAUCAAGAAGUCAUGUUGUUUCCAAAGAUAAAAAAGUGGACAUGCUAUCUCUCCCCAAAACCAAAUAUGGUGUCCCGCAUGAACAUCUAGAAAAUGAAAAUAACAAAGACAUGACAGGAUAUAAUUAUUUAUAUCAUAAUCAUUCAAUAACGAUGUGCAACAAGACAUCAAUGGAAAUAAAUAUUCCUUAUCCACCCUUAUCUACUCAAAAUUCGGUAUUAAUAGAUAAUCAGCUUGCAUCUUCUGAUUCCAAGACAUUUAAUAGUAUUAUAUCAUCAAUUUUGCCAUCACAAAGUAUGAGUCUCAAUUGUUCAACAGUCACCACUUCAAAUAAUUAUAUGAAUCCCCAUGCUUGUUCCAAUUUUAUAUCCAUUGCUCAUGCCAAUGUUAUAAAUAAUGUUACUGUUUCCAAUGUUAUAUAUCCCAUUGCUAGUUCUAAUAUAAUAAAUCACAUUUCUGGUUCUACUAUCAAUGAUCAACUAGUUUAUAUCACAAACACCCAAAUUGAUAAAAAUUAUGAAAAUAUAAAUAAUAAUAUUUUGAUUGGCAGAGGAAAUAAUAUACUUUCACCAAAUAAAUGUACUGCUAAUAUGAAGCCUGAUGAUUUGUCAAAUACUAAAUUAAAUGUUUAUAGCACGAUAAAUGACAAAUUAUCAUGUGAAUUAGAAAAGAUUGAUGAUAUUGAUUUAGAUAAAACUUGCGAUUUUAGCCACUCUGAUGAGGUCUAUUCUAAAAAUUUUACAAAUCAAAACGUUUCUACUCUUAAUAAUCCAUUGAGUUUAUUGGAUAGCCUGUCAAAUUCGUUUGAUUAUAGUAUAAAUAAUGUUAUCAUAAAGGAAAAACUAAUUUUCAACGAUAAUAGCAACCCAGAAAAGGAUUUAUCAUUUGAAAAUAAUGUCCCUAUUUCGCUUUUUAAAGCUUCACCCACUACCACAGUUUUUCCUGUGAAAAGGAAUAAUAUAAAUAAACACACAGUAUCACGCUUGAAUAAUAUCAAUGUUAAAUCUAACCGUAAUUGUAUGAUUUCAACACCCAAAAUUAAGCCAUUGACUGCUCUCGCUAAUUUAAAUGUCCACAAACCUCCCCAAUUAUUGUUUUAUUCGCCUGGUACAAAUCAAUUUUACAGCAGUAAUCAGGUGCCAUCUGCUGUCUCAAAUUUUCACAAUUAUUAUCCUUCUAAUAACCACAACAAUAUAAUAGCUUUAAAUAACCCGUCUUUGAAUGGAAACACAAAUUUCAACAAUAUAAUUGGUUAUGCAGCCCCUAACAAUUUAGCAGCUUUAGGUCAAUUAGCUUCGGGUAACUCGCCAAGCUUUUUCAUUAUUAGUCACAAUGUUAAUAAUUCUAUGAAUCAUAAUCAGACCAAUUUAUCUAAUGUUCAAAAUCCACAAAAUUAUGCUAAUAUCAUUAAUCUUACCAAUAAUUCAAAUUUGCAAAAUCCACCUCUUUUGUUAAAUAAUCUCAAUCUAUUGUCUAACAAUCAGCAAUCACUAACAGUUUUAGACCCCAAACCUUUGUGUCAAAAAAUAGGUGGCUCCGUUCCACUAUAUGUAAAUCAAGUAAAUAAUCCAAUUUCAAUAGUAGCAUCCUCAUUCAUAUCUUCAAAUCAGGAUUCAUAUAUUUACAACUCCAAUAGAGUCUGCAAUGUAACCCCAUUAAAACAGCUUAUUCCAAAGACCGACUUUAGGUCUUCACUUUAUUUACCAGAAAUUAAAGCCUGUCAAGGUACAAUAACUUCUAAUCCCAUGGUUAAAACGAUUACAACAUUUCCUCACAAGGAACACCAAAAUUUACUCAAUUCUAAACUUUUCCAAUUAUCUUACCCUGAAAAAACUUUAAAUAAUAGUUCUAUAACAAAUAUCCAAAGUGUAAGAACAGAUAAGGAGAUUAUUAAUGGAGCUGAAGCGAUAUCAUCGGACAGUAAUGAUAACCUCGUUAAUUUACCCGCUAAAAACGAUUUUACAACUGAUCAAGACGUCCUAAUACACUUGAUUGGAGGGAAUAUAAUAAAGGAAUCAUCUUCACCUUUACCCUUAGCCAUCUCAUUUCAGCAGAUAUUUAGCAAAAAUGCGGAAUUCAAGGCUAAUUGCGCUUAUAAAGAAGAGUUUGAUUUGGACGAGUAUCGGAAAGAUACCAGGGAUUCUAAAAUAAUCCCUAAACUUUCUACAAAAAACAAAGUUAUAAAAUGGGGUAAAGGGAAGGAAAUGGAUGCUCAAAAAAGCGAGGAAGAAUCUACGAUUAUUGAUACGUGUAUCGUGAAUGAUGGAAAAGCUACUAGUCAAAAUGUUUCAAAUAUUUUACACGAUUUAUCUGACAAUGGUAACAAAAAAAAAACUAUAACUCCUAAGUUUCAACAAUGUAUAAUACCGAUAUCUUCGAAUGAUCAUGACGCCUCCUAUGUUACAACAGGAAAUGAAAGUGAAUCAACCGAAUUUAUUCAAUCAGCUAUAAAUUACAAUAACCUUAUUUUACCUCUUCCUACCAAACACGAGAAUAUUACACCCUUUAUACCACCUGAGGAUAUUCGUGAUUGGAAUGUAAAUGACGUUUUCCAAUUUAUACUCCAACUAUCUGGCUGCAAAGAAUACGCCGAAACAUUCAAAACCAACGAAAUUGACGGCCCAUCAUUGUUUCUUCUCAAAGAGGAGCAUUUCACUUCAUCACUCAAAAUGAAACUAGGACCGGCACUAAAGAUUCAAGCAAAAGUGGCUGAAUUGAUAAGAAAAUAUUCGAGUCCGUGAUUGAUUUAUAUUUAUUUUUUGUGAUAACAAUUACAUCAAUAAAAUGACGUCUUUAAUACCGUCAAAUGCAUAUCCCUCUAAUUUAUGUUUAUAUCUAUCAAUCUAAAUGUAAAUAAAGAUUAAAUG